AUGUUUAGACUGUUGAUCAAAAAACGUGGUUUUCAUACAUGUAACUCAUUAUCAUCGGAUUUCUCCCAUGUUGUAAUUGGUGGAGGGAUUGUUGGUACGGCAAUUGCUGGGGAAUUACAACAACAAGAUGGUAAUGAAGUGUUAUUAAUUGAUAAGAAUGAACAAUUGGGUAUGGAAACAACAUCUAGAAAUUCAGAAGUUAUACAUGCUGGUAUUUAUUAUCCUCCUGGUUCUUUAAAAUCAAAGCUUUGUAUACUUGGUAAAAAUAAAAUUUAUGAUGCUUGGUUAAAUGGGAAAUUUCAAGUACCUUUGAAAAAAUGUGGGAAAUGGAUAGUUGCUCAAGAUGAAAAAGAAGCUGAAUAUCUUGAAAAAUUAAAAAAAAUUAGUGAUGAAGUAGAUGUACCUGUUAAUUUUAUAACUACUAAACAAGCUAAUGAAAAAUAUCCAUUAAUUAGAGCUGAAUCUGCUAUUCUUGAAAGUCCAACCACGGGGAUAAUAUCAGCUCAUGAUUAUACACUUUUCCAUCAAUCUAUAUUUGAAAAUAAUGAUGGUACUCUUGGAUUAAAUACAGAACUAACAAAUCUUGAAUAUAAUAAAGGUACUUCAAAUUAUACAUUGACAUUACAAUCUGAAUCCGGUGAAAUGCAAGUAACUUCAGAUAAUGUUAUUAAUUCAGCAGGUUUAUAUGCUCCUGAAGUUUCUAAUUUAUUAUUACCUAAAGAACGUCAUUAUCAAGGAUAUUUUGCUAAAGGCAAUUAUUUCAGUUAUCUGCCAGAAACAUCAAUUGGAAAAGUUACUGAUGUAUUGAUUUAUCCAUGUCCUAAUCCAAAUGCUGCUUCAUUAGGUACCCAUUUAACUUUUGAUUUAGGUGGCCAAUUAAGAUUUGGUCCAGAUUUAGAAUGGUUAGAUAUUAAAAAGGCAAAUGAAAUUGAUUAUACACCAAAUCCAAAGAAUUUAUCUAAAGCUUAUGAAGCUAUAAAAACAUAUUUCCCUGAUAUCACUCUUAAUUCUUUACAUCCUUCAUAUUCUGGAGUCAGACCAAAAAUAUUGUCAAGAGAAGACAACAUUUCAAAAUUUGCUGAUUUUGUAAUUAAAGAAGAAGAUGGAUUUCCAGGAUUUGUUAAUCUUUUGGGCAUUGAAAGUCCAGGAUUAACAGCUUCUUGGGCUAUAGCAGAAUAUGUCAGAGAUAUUUACCAUAAAUAG